ACAGAGUGGUCGACUGGUCGACUCAUUUUUAUUAUCGUAGUCGUUGUUGGCUUGUUGAAACUUGAAACUGUCAAGCUAUUUUUAACAAAAAAAAUCUAUUAAAUUAAUUAUAUAUUUAUUGUCAACUCAAGUAUAAUUUUUUUUUGAUUAUUAAUUUACAAAAUAAUCUUUAAAAAUGUCAAAAGAAAAUGUCGAGGAAUUGUUUGAUCAAUUUACCCUCAAGGAAUUGAUGUCUAAAGAUGGCAUUCAAUUUGAAAUGGGUAAUGAGGAACCGGAGCUGGAUGAUGCAUUUAAUUAUAACCAAGUUGUUAAUCUCAGUGGUGAUGAUUUACUUGCUGAAAUAAAUAUGUAUGAAUUUUUGGAGGAAAGUGCUGAAGCUGGAUGUGAAGGUUCAAUUUCACUUGGACUUCAUUUUAGAAAAGUUAAAUCAAAGCUUGACGAUUUGUCUUCUGAUGGUAGAAUUAAAAAAAAAGUAAUGCAAGAAGGUACUGGUGAUGUUGUACCAGAAAAAGCUCUUGUCAUUAUCAAGUACUCUGGUUAUUUUGAGGAUCAAGAUGAACCAUAUGAUUCAACUCAUGCACGAGGAACAACUGAAAGAUAUACAUUGGGUGGUACUGAGUUGUUGUAUGGUCUUGAUGUUGGUAUUCAAAGCAUGAAGAAAGGUGAAAUUGCAAUUUUUUGGAUUGAUUAUACAUGUGCAUAUGGAGAAAUGGGAUGUCCACCAUUAAUUCCACCACGUGGUGAUGUUAUGUUUAUUGUUCAACUCAUUGAUUACUUGGACAGUGGAACAGUAAAUAAUUUUGAAAAUCUUACUGUUCAAGAAAAAAAAACUUAUGCUAAUGUUAAACUACAAGUUAAUUCAUUAUUCAAAAUUGCUGCUGAUAAUUUUAAACGUAAAAAAUACAAUCAAGCUGUUAGAGAUUAUAAACGUAUUAUUCAUAAUCUUGAAGAUGCUGAAUUUGAAAAUGAAGAACAAGAUAAAGAAGCACAAAAAUUAUUGUCAAAAAGUAGACAAAAUCUUGCUAUUUGUUAUAACAUUCAAGACAUACCACGUUUGGCAUGUAUUGAAUGUAAUGCUGCAACUCACAAGACAGCUAAAAUUUAUUAUCAUCAUGGAAAAGCACUUAUUAAAAUGGGUGAAUACUCUGAGGCUUUGACAAAAUUAAACAAGAGUCUCAACAUGGAACCAGCUAAUCAAACUGUCAUAAGUGAAAUAAACAAGGCAAUUACACUUCAAAAAAAGUACAUGAGAAUUCAAAAAGAUUUAUGGUCAAAUUGCUUAGACCCAAAAAAAGCUGAUGAAGAAGAAAAAGAUAAACAACGUGAUAAAAUGGCUCGAGAAUUUGUUGAAACAUUUGUCAAUGAUAAUGCUGUUCAACGCCAAGAAAUACCAGCAGGUAUUGAUGCAUCACUGUUGGAAUUAAUUCGUAAACAUGCUGCAUUAUCUGGUAUGAAUAUUGCAUCGGUUUCAAGAUUCGACAAAGAAACACGUUAUCUUCAAAAACCAGAUUACGUCUAAUGAAUAUUUCUAUGAAAAAUAAAUACAUGAUAAAUUAGCUACUUUAUUUUUUAUAUUUCAAGUUAUCAGAGUAGUUAAAUAAUCACUUGAAUUUUCCAUUUGUAUUCUUACGUUUAGUAUUUAAAAAAAAAAAAUUAAAUUACUGCGUUUUUGAUUAAAUGGCAAGUUAGA